AUGGCGCUGGAUUUGGUUGAAUUACUUGUCUGUUGGUGGUUUGUGAGCACAGCAGAGGAGCAGGGAUGGGUCCCUGCUACAUACCUGGAAUCCCAGAAUGGAACCAGAGAUGACUCUGACAUCAACACAUCUAAAUUUGGGGAAGUUUCUAAGCGACGCAAGGCUCACCUGAGACGCCUGGACCGGCGAUGGACGCUGGGCGGGAUAGUCAACAGGCAGCAGAGUCGAGAAGAGAAAUAUGUCACUAUCCAGCCGUACGCCAGCCAGGGGAAGGAUGAGAUUGGGUUCGAGAAAGGGGUCACCGUGGAGGUCAUCCAAAAGAACCUGGAAGGAUGGUGGUACAUAAGGUAUCUAGGCAAAGAGGGCUGGGCCCCAGCUUCAUAUCUGAAGAAGGCUAAAGAUGAUCUUCCAUCUAGAAAAAAGAACUUAACUGGCCCAGUGGAAAUCAUAGGAAAUAUCAUGGAGAUCAGUAACCUGCUGAACAAGAAAUCAUCCACUGACAAGGAAGCUCAAGUAGAAAAUGAGACUGCAGAAACACAUAUCACCAAGAAGGAAAUCAGUUUGCCCAUCCUGUGCAAUGACUCUAAUGGCAAUGCCAUGAUGACCUCAGACAAGCAGGUUUCCAGACUGGCCCAGGGAUCCCCAGCCAUAGCAAGGAUAGCACCACAAAGAGCUCAAAUAAGUUCUCCAAAUCUAAGAACGAGACCGCCCCCACGAAGAGAAUCCAGUCUGGGUUUUCAGUUACCCAAGCCACCAGAGCCACCCUCUGUGGAAGUGGAAUAUUACACCAUUGCAGAGUUCCAGUCAUGUAUCUCUGAUGGCAUAAGCUUUCGUGGAGGACAAAAAGCAGAGGUUAUAGAAAAGAAUUCUGGUGGCUGGUGGUAUGUGCAGAUUGGAGAGAAGGAAGGAUGGGCUCCAGCAUCUUACAUUGACAAGAGGAAGAAGCCGAAUUUAAACAGAAGAACCAGUACUUUAACCCGCCCAAAGGUUCCUCCCCCAGCACCUCCCAGUAAACCAAAAGACUCUGAAGAAGGAACAACUCCGGGAGCAGUUUCUUCAGGAGAUACCCAGGAAUCUCCCCACAAGCUGAAAUAUGAAGAACCUGAGUAUGAUGUGCCUGCUUUUGGCUUUGACUCGGAGUGUGAAGUGAGUGAAAGUCAUCAUGAAGAGGGCACUCCUGAAAAACGACUGUUUCAGCCCCUCAAGCCCUCACCUGUAUCAUCACUUCAGAAAGCAAAGUUCAAAGUAGAAGAGUCUUCAGAAGAAGCUGCUCAUGAAGAAGAGACCAUCUAUGAGAACGAGGGAUUCAGACGUUACGUGGAAGAUGCUUUGUCCAAUAAGGAAUCUAGUGGAGAUUCCGAUUCUCAGAAAAGCUCCUCUCUGUCCUUGGUCCAAAGGAAUUCUCCAUGUUCCAGCUCUCCUAAAUCAUCGCUCAUGAAGCUCAAGACAGACAAAAAUAUCCAGCCCGAUCUUGGAAAAUGUCACUAUUCCAGGAGCGAGGAGACAAAACCAAGGUCAGCUUCAGACGUUGGCUUACGUAGCAUGUCAAGAACAGGCAUGAAGAAGGAGCCUGAGCAGAGUCCUUCCAUUAGAGCAAAGCCAAUUGUUAGGCCCAAACCCUUUCUGAACAAGGCAGAUUCUCAGAGCCAAGAAAAGAUGGAUAUUAGCACUUUAAGGCGUCAGUUGAGGCCAACCGGGCAGCUCAGAGGUGGACUUAAAGGUUCAAGAAGUGAAGAGUCUGCAAGCCCCCCACGCACAGCUUCUGAGAACCAAGAUGACCCUGUUAGGAGAGGCUCAGCUGAUCUCAUCACAGCUCCUUCCCGUGGCAUUUUCUGCUCCAGCCAUACAGCCAAAACUGAGCAAGAAAAUGAUUCCAGAUGUUUCUAUGUGACCACUGACUCAUACCAAAAGGUACAGGAUUCUGAAAUUUGCUUCCCAGCCGGAGUAGAAGUGGAAGUGCUGGAAAAGCAAGCCAGUGGAUGGUGGUACCUGAAGUACGGAGACAUGGAAGGCUGGGCUCCUUCCCAUUAUUUGGCUCUCCCUGAUAACCAGCGAGAAACCACAUCAGCAGAUGCUGAUUCCUCGUUUGCCAGGAACAGGAAAAAUGAAAACAAGUCAAACAGUUUGGAGAAGAUAGAGAAGAGGGUUCAGGCUUUGAACACCAUCAACCAGAGCAAACGUGCAACACCACCCAUCCCAAGCAAACCUCCCGGUGGCUUUUCAAAAGCAUCAGGGCCAGUUAAAAUGAGGAAUGGUGUGAGGCAGCUUGCUGUCCGUCCACAGUCAGUGUUUGUGUCUCCACCACCAAAGGAUAACAACCUGUCAUGCUCCUUGCGCAGAAAUGAGUCUUUAACAGCUACAGACCAACUUAGGGCCGUCCGUCGGAAUUCCUCCUUCAGCAAUGCAUGGUCACAGCCUGGUGACACAAAGGGAAAGCAGCCUGAGCAGCUGGGUACACAGAGCUCUGAGACCACCUCCAACCUCCCUAUGCAGAGGAAUGGGAUCCCUGUGUCCACAGUCAGGCCAAAACCCAUUGAGAAGUCCCAGUUUAUCCACAACAAUCUCAAGGACAUCUAUGUUUCCAUUGCAGACUAUGAAGGAGAUGAGGAGACUGCAGGGUUUCAGGAAGGUGUCUGCAUGGAGGUCCUUGAAAGGAACCCAAAUGGCUGGUGGUACUGCCAGAUCAUGAAUGGUGUGAAGCCAUUCAAAGGCUGGGUGCCCUCAAAUUAUUUGGAAAAAAAGAACUAAUAUUGCAAUAUCUUUAACCUCCCUAAUUUAUACUGUUCCUGCUGUGUACAUGUGGAAAAAACAAUUGCUACACAAAAAGACGUUUCCCUGUGCUCCAGUUUGUACAAAGGAGUCUAUACUGAGGACAAAUCUGCCAUGUUCUGGAGAGGUUUGUGGGGUUUACAUGUUGUAAGCAACUAUGAGGAAGAUGCAGCAUAGUCAAAUGCCUUUUUGUGAAGUUGUUAAUAAUCUUGUAUGUGUAACAGGGUAUGACAUCCCAUCCUUCCCAUUAUUGAUAGGAAACCAAAUGUGUGCCUUUUGUGAGAGAGAAAUACACAUGUAUCUACUUGGGGAGUUCUGUGCCAAACUCUGUUUCACAAUCUUGGCUCCCUUUCUCCUCAUUCUUGUCCAUAUGUGGAAUACCCAAGAAUUUUGAAUGCUUUUUCACAACUUACAGUGAGAAGCAAAUGAAAGUUUCUGAAACAGAGGGACUCUAAUCCUUUGGAGAUGCUCACUUUUUUUUCUUUUUUUUUUUACUAAACAGUUGGUAGGUCCAGAGUUGGAGCCUUUUCACCGCGGAGAGAUUUGGUCUCUGACUUCAGUGUUGUUACUGCUAACUCACCAGAAAAGGCAACCAAGUGAUGUGGGUUGGGGGCUUUUUGUUUCCUGUUGUUCUGUCUUGUUCUUUGAGUUGGGAUUUCAGGUGUUCUAGGGCAGUGAUGCCUACUGGUGCUUGUAAAAACAAACCUACAAACCCCAUGCUUAAGCACGUUGAUUACUUUGUAGGCUCCAUGUUUAGUUCUGUGCCUGACUCCUGCCAGGUGAUCCUGGUUGAUUCUCUUCCCAGAGUUGGGUUUCUCAAAACUUGUCAUAAUAUCAAAGUGUACAAAAGUCCCUUAGGACACUGAAGACAAACCUGUCAAAUGUGUUAAUUCCUGUUUUGCCCUCUCGUCCGAAUCCAAGGGUGCUGACUGCUGGCAGGACCCACCAGGGUAUUAGUGAGAAAUAUCUGUAACCUUCUGCAACAUCAGUGUUUACAGUGAGUAGGGAAAAAAAAAAGCCAUCAAACUCAGUCUGCACAUCCUUAAUUUGUAUAUUUUUGGGGAAUUGUUUUUGUGUUUUGUUUUUGUCUUUUCUGUGCAUUCUGGGUUUACUUUAUUUUCUCUGUGUGUGUGUGUGUAUGUGUGUGUGUGUCUGGUUUUACCAGAAGAGACUUAAAACUGAAGUAGGAGCCAAAUAUGUGUUUCUGUUCCCACUUGAAUCCAAAAAGUACAUUUGUACUGGAAAGUGUGCCUGGGCUUCUCAGGCUCAGAGAUUUAAUAUCAAAGCAAUUAGAUCUACAAUGCAUCUAAUCAGGAAGCUGCCUCCUCUAGUUCCAGUUCUGUUUGCCUUACUUAACUCAUGCUUUGAAACGUGGCACACGGAUGUGGGAAAUGGAAGAGCUGUCCAUUGGAAAAGGCUAGGAAUAUGGAGUUAUUUUAGAGGUAGCCUCGUACUGUAAACAUAAUUGACUGAAUCCCUACUGUACUUAAGGAAGUCAUGCUUUUUCUUUUUUUGUACAGCCUUGUUAAUCACUCAAGAUCAAUAUCUAGUUCCUUUAAAUAAUAGGCAGCCUUGUAAAUCUGUUUUAAGGGGGAGGGGCAGACCAUUUCACUACUGCUUUACACAAAAAAUUACAUGUGCUCUUUUUCCACUAGAGUUUCGUAUUGAUUUGGCUCAGAAGUUAAAGGUUAUAAAGGCUUCAAAAUAACUGGGAUCAAGGGGCUGAGUAAAAUAGCACAAAAAUAUCAUGUUACUGGGGAUGUUUCACUGCCA